AUGGACCAGCCAGCCAUCUCCAUCACCUCUACUACAGAACUGAGAGAUAAUCUGAUGCACGAUGACUCCCUACUCAGACUGCGGAAACCAACUCGGAGAAGAUCAUCUUAUGAAAGAGAAGGAUGGUGGAGAAUGACCUUAAAAAAUACUCCUAUACCUGGUACUUACCACUUGAAAACUUUUAUUGAGGAAUCUCUGUUAAAUCCUGUGACAACAACAUACAGUUUUAAAAAUGAAGGAAGAAAAAGGCCACCUCUUGUACAAAGAAAUGAUCCAAUACUUAUUGAUGUUCCACAUUACAAGCCUCCUGACUUCCUAGAGCUGUUAAAGAAGCAGAUGGCCUCGUACUCAUUCAAGGACAAGCCUCGGCCAAGCCCUAGUACCCUUGUUUACAAAGAUAAGUCCCUUGAGCUUUCCCCGGGACAAUAUGAGGUACUUCCUCUGCCGGUUCCCAAGCACUCUUCCAGGAGCUUUGUCUUUCGUUCUACAGUUCAAAGAUUCCCACCAAACUACUUCACUCCUCGUGAAGGCCCGGGACCAGGUGAAUAUAACUUAAAAAUACCUUCAGCAAGCUUCAUUACAUCUUCUUUUCGAUCCAAGGUACCACGAUUCUUGCCCAGCUGUUCUAGAACCCCAGGCCCAGGAGCCUACACAGCUUCCGAUCAGUUCCCCAAACAGUCCCCAACCAUAGCCAAAAUGGGCCUAGAACACGGCCUCUUCUUCAACAACACAAUUGGUUUAUAA